AGCUUUUUGGGAAGAUGGGCAGGCUCCCUGCAGCCCUACUCUCUCUCUUCUUUAUCCUUGCUUCUCGUGUCUCUCCCUCCAUUGCAGGUGACACCCUAACCCCAACCCAGCCCCUCGCUGACGGCCAAGAGUUGAUCUCAGCUGGGGAAAGAUUCAUCUUGGGCUUCUUCAGCCCUAUCAAAACUAACAAUUGUUACAUCGGCAUAUGGUACAAGGUCUCACCUCCUACCGUCGUGUGGGUUGCCAAUCGCCAACACCCAAUCUCCGAGCGCAAUGGCAGCCUAUCGAUCACCGUCAAUGGAACUCUCAUCAUCACCGACCAGAAUUCUAAAACCAUCUGGUCCUCGGGCUCGUCGGGCCUCGCCAAUCCAGUAGCGCAACUCUUAGAUGACGGCAAUUUCAUCGUUAAAGAGGCUAAUAUUCCUGGGAGCUUUGCAUGGCAGAGCUCCGACUACCCUUCCGACACAUUGCUCCCUGGGAUGAAGUUGGGGUGGAACCUAAAGAGUGGCCUCAACCGUAACGUCACAUCAUGGACCAGUCCUAGUGACCCAGCACCGGGCCCUUACACCAUGGGUGUGGAUCUCCAUGGCAACCCCCAGAUAAUUUUGUGGGAAGGCUCAAGCCAACUGUGGCGAGUCGGUCCAUGGAACGGGAAAACCUUGGCAGGCAUCCCGGAUAUUUUGCGCUAUAAAAUCUUCAUAUUGGACUUUGUCAUCAAGAACGACGAGGUCUUCUACAUGUACAACACCACCAGCACAUCGUUCAUCACAAGGCUUACUGUGAACUACACCGGCUUUGUCCAACGCCUUGUCUGGCUUGAUGACAGCAAAAUGUGGAGCUCCUACAUGUCUGAGCCAAAAGACCAAUGUGAUUAUGUAUCACAAUGCGGGGCUUACGGUGUUUGUAAUACGGAUGACUCACCAAUAUGUAGUUGCUUGCAGGGGUUUAAACCUAGGUCGCCGACAAAUUGGGAUCUUAGAGAAGGGAAAGAUGGGUGUACGAGGAGGAUGGGGCUGGACUGCCAGAAUGGGACUGACGGGUUUGUGAUAGUAAAGGACGUAAAGCUACCGGACACAUCGAGGUCGAUGGUGGAUAGGAGCAUGGGACUGGAUGAGUGUAGGGCUACGUGCUUGAGGAAUUGUUCAUGCACGGCCUAUGCUAGUGCUAAUAUCAACGGGAGCGGCUGCAUAAUUUGGACGACAGAGCUCACUGAUAUUAGGGUUUAUUCCUUUGGCGGGCAAGAUCUUUAUGUCCGGCUAGCGGCGGCCGAUUUAGGCCCGGGAUUACAUCAUUCACAUUCACGUACCAUGGUUGGGACAGUGGUGGGCUGUGUUUUGGGGACUCUGUUGUUUGCUUCGGUGGGUAUUUGCAUUUGGAUUCAAAGAAGGAGAAGAGCAGGUGCCAUUACCUUCGCUAGUCACCGCAACAACGAAUACAAGGAAGGCAAGGACUGGGAGCUUCCUUUAUUUGAUUUGGGGACAAUCAUUGUAGCGACCAACAACUUCUCAAUCGAAAACAAGCUUGGAAAGGGUGGCUUCGGCCCCGUGUACAAGGGAAAGCUUGGGGAGGAGCAAGAAAUAGCUGUGAAGAGGCUUUCAAAGACUUCGGCACAGGGUGCUGAUGAAUUCAUGAAUGAAGUGACGCUGAUUGCCAAGCUUCAGCACCGAAACCUAGUUCGGCUUCUAGGUUGCUGCACUCAAGGAGAGGAAAAGAUGCUGGUAUAUGAAUACAUGCCUAAUAAAAGCUUAGACGCCUUCCUAUUUGAUAAAGAUAAAGGAGUAUUAUUGGAUUGGCAAACCCGCUACAACAUUAUCGAAGGAAUUGCUCAAGGUCUUCUCUACCUACACCGAGACUCUAGACUUAGAAUUAUUCACAGGGAUCUCAAAGCUAGCAAUAUUCUUCUUGAUAAAGAUAUGAAUCCUAAAAUAUCAGACUUUGGCUUGGCAAGGAUAUUUAGAGAGGAUGAGACAGCAUUAAAUACUCGGAGAGUUGUAGGGACAUAUGGAUACAUGUCUCCUGAGUAUGCCAUGUAUGGUGCCUUCUCAGUGAAAUCUGAUGUAUUCAGCUUUGGUGUCUUAGUGCUCGAAAUCAUUAGUGGCAAGAAGAAUAGAGGAGAUUUCAUAUCCGAGCAUGAAGGAAACCUGCUAGCACAUGCAUGGGGUUUAUGGAAAGAAGGUAAUGGCUUGGAACUGGUAGAUGAAUCACUCAGCAACUCAAUUUCCAUAGCUGAAGCCUUGAACUCUAUAAAGGUUGGCUUGUUGUGCGUACAAGAAUGCCCAAAAGAUAGGCCGACGAUGUCCUCUGUGGUAUUGAUGUUGGGUAGCAAGAAUACAUCCUUGCCAGAUCCAAAACAUCCUGGUUUUUUUCCAACAAGAACAUCCUCUGAGAUCGAGUCAUCAAAAAGCAAGACAGACUCAGCAAGUAUAAAUGAAUUAUCAGUUACAAUAGUUGAAGGUCGAUGACUCUUCGAUCAAGGUGGUAAAAUUUUUUUAUACUAGUGACAAGCAAUGAAAGUUCUCAUUUUUUUGAUGCCUAUGCUUUUCUUUGUUGGAACAACUCGGUUAUCCUCAACAAUCUCAAAUUUUGUAUCACAAAUCAGUUGUUCAUUAGUAUAAUUUAGCUAUACCAUGUGCAUUGAGUAUGUCUAGAUUGUAUAAG